AAAAGGUUUUGUUUCAAUUCCUCGAAGGGCCUUUUACGCCUUUGGAUGAUUCAGAAAGAGCAAUCAGCGUGCUUUUUUAUGAUUUUCUAAUGCGCAAUGACUACUCAGGUCAGUCAGCUUUACGGACAGCAAGCUGUGGACACCUGGAACCUAACUGGAUACAGCAUUCAUUUGGAAUAUGAACAGCUUUCGACUCGGACUUGUUUUCCUUCAUUAUGUUGUUUUCCUCCAGCUAAGUGGCUGCACGUCCCAGGAUCAGAGUAUGAACCCUGCAGUGACGGCAGGGAAACUUCUGCACACUCUGUCUGAAGUGCACACUCCAGACAAUGACACCGAAAUGGAAGAGCACCUUCUGGACAGUAAUGAAGACUACAUCUCUGCGGAAUAUGAGGAUGACUAUCCCAAAGUUGCAUUUUCCACAAAGCCUAAAGUUUCCUUAUCGACCGCAAUGAAAGGUCAAGGGAAAGGCAGAGCUAGGAAGAAGAACCCUUGCCAGAGAUCAAGAUACAGAAAUUAUUGCAUUCAUGGCGUUUGCUGGUACCUGGCAGAUCUAAAUCUUACCUCUUGCAUAUGUGAGGCAGGAUACUCGGGUGAGAGGUGCCACCUGUUCAUCCUGCCUGUUAGCAAAGAAGUUGAAGGCAACAGUCACACCACAGCUCUGGCUAUAAUUGCAGCGGUUCUGUCCUUAAUGUGUCUCACCGUCAUUGGCAUUUUACUGGCCUUAAGAUGUCAAAAAAAGGGUGACAGUAGUGUGGAGGAGAAGAUCAGACUUCAGCCACUGCAUAGUAGUGACAAAAAAGUAAAAGACACAAGCCAAUGGCUCAGUGGACAUGACGGCUACCACCUGGAGACAUCCUGCCAACACUGAAGAGGAAGAUGGUAGUGUCCAGCAC